GUUGCUCCAUGAGAAGUUGGGCUAAAUAAAUAAAAAUAAGGUAGCGUCCGGGCUGCGACUACCACGUCGAAAAUUCCCAGCCGCCACCUGCCCCUGCCGCCCGCACUUUGCGCGGCCCAGCAACCCGCGUCAACCUAGCGAUUCCGUUUCUUUUCGUUUCGAUGUCUUCCAAGCCCUCUCCUCUCCUCUCGGCCAACAUCGGGACGUGAGAGAGAUCGCGGCUUGACUCGACCGAUGGCGCCCAAUACAACUUCCAGUCGAAACCAGCUGGCUUCGGGCGCCGACCGUGCGCAGAUUGCAUCUUCAAACGCGACCGCAAACGCUUUUCUCGGUGCUCGAGCACAACCCUCGUGGUUGAAUCCGCCAUCGGCAGCAUCGAGGGCUCCUCCAGCAAACCCGAACCCGCCUCCGUCCGCAGCAUCAAUAAAACCAGCGCCCCAAGCAAAACGGGGCCGGCCGAGGAAGUAUCCUCCAGUCUCGCUGCCAACUGCUCCCCAACCCCGACCAGAACCGCAUUUCCAACCACAGCCACCACCGCAAUCAGGAUCACCGCAAAUACAGACAACCGAAGUCCAACCCGCUCAGACAAUCCUCCCAUCGCCGGCUCCUAGUGACGAGCCAAGCCCUGCCCUGUCAAAUGCCUUGGACAGCCCGAAUCCGCUUCCCGCCUCAUUGUCUGAUGCGCCGACUCCGGCAUCAAACAUGACACCGGCGUCGGCGGCAACCAAUGUUCCCAUGACCCAUGCCCGUUUCGAGCUCAGCCCAGCAGCGAAUCAAAACAGUUGGACUCCUCAACCAGAUGAAUCAUGCCCAUCAGAAAUCCGGUCUUUUUUCCAGGCCCCGUCGGCUCACGCCCCGUCCCCCCAGACAAGCAACAAUCAGCUGUGCUCCGUGAGCGCUGAGUCGGGCAAUGCCGUGGGCGCGGCGAUAGACCAAGAUGGUGGCUGUCAGUCAACGAACGCGGCUGCGGCUCCUACUCCGCAAGAACGGCGUCGGACCGACACCGUACCGCUCAAAUGCCAGGCCUUCGAGGCACAGAUUCACCGACACGUCAAUGCUCAUGGAGGAAUGACUGCGAUGAACGCUCGGCUGGAUAGACCGCGUAUUCAACUUUUGGUGGAUGCAUGCAAAAGGAACGACUACUUCUUCCUGGCCCUUCACCAGCUCUACGCCAUCUGGUCGAUCAAUCGUCAGGAUGCCCAUCGUAUCCUUAAGAAGGAUGAUGUGGCCGAUAUAAUCAUGAUAGAUCUUGGGUUUACCACCGUGGCAGAGAUUCUCAAGAGGAACGAUCAACUGACCCCGACAAACCUGAGGUUCUUUGCCUCGUUUCCGGUCUCAGUUGACCAGCUGCGGGAAAAUCCAGUUCCUAGGGCGACAAUGAAAUCGUGGGUGGGCAAUUUCCUGCGGAGCAUGGUAACUGAACAUGUUUCCCUGACGCAGGAAACCUGCAUGCGCCGGUAUCCGUACGUGCUGGAUGAACUCCAAGGUCGACUGCUGUGCUAUUCUCCCAUCAUGCGAGAAAUCCUAUUCACUGCCAAUCGUCGAAGACUCGGUAUCCCCGAUGGUGUCCACGCCCAGGCUUUGGACAAUGCAUUCAAAGAGGACCAAGAACGUCGAAUGCAUCAGGCUUGUGGCGCAUGCGUGGCCGUUGGGGAUUCUCCUGAGACCAUCAUCAGAAUCAACCAAGCCCUCAUUGCCCGAUACCAGGAGUUGGUCAAGAGGUCCGACGCCGAGAAGCUUCGCCUGAAUCAACACCCACCAGUCCGGCUCGGAGUACCAUCACCACCCGUGGUUCCCUCCCAGCAAUUCCCUCCUCCACAGCCUACAUCGUUUCAUAGUCCCGCCCCCUCGCCUGUUAUGCAGUAUUCUGCCUCUCCCCAGUACCAGGCGACACAGCUGCAUCAGGCACAGCUGGCACAACAGAUGGUAAGCCAAUAUCGACAACAGCAGACGCGGGAACUGCAAGCUGCUCAGUUGCCACAAUCACCAUUGCAACAGAUUCAACACAUCCAACAACGCAUGCCGCUGCCGCAGCAGAUUCAAUACCAGCAACAGCAAUUUCAGCAACGGCCACAGAUCCAGCAGCAGCAGAUCCAGCAGCAGUUUCAACAGCAGUUGUUUGAGCAGCAGCAGGUUUUACAACGAGGUAUAGCGCACCAAACCCAGCAACAUCAACAGCUUCACGAACUUCAACCAGAUCAACAACGGCGACACCUCGAAAGGCCCUAUGUUGCACCGAUCAAUACACAAAUUGCGCAAGUCGCCUCGCCCCAAUUGGGGCGAGCAUCAUUGGCGCCUACCACGACACCUACCGGUUUCGGUGUGCUGCGACCCGUGUUGGAUCGACAGCAACUCGCUACAGCGGCAGUGCAAAUAACAUCGCAGAGCACCCCUCAGCGCGCAGCGUCGACCCCUAGGCAGCCGGAUCUGCUUAUUCCUGCCAAGGACGUGACUAUUCCACGCCCAGAAUGGCCCUAUGAACCCACAGAUAGGAGAUCUCUUGCGGCUUCUUUGCACCAGUCGGGCUGCCGAAGUCCAAAACGUGUCCCCAAGGAUGGAACACCGGAGCGUCUUUUCCAAGCCAUGGACAGGUUUGCAAUACCGCCAAGCCUUGUACGACCGCAAGGCUCGGUAUACGAGUUUUCAUUUGAUGUGACAGUGGAACAGUUUAACCUCGCGGUUAGAACAGCAAGGCCAACUUCGGCGAUUUUGAUCCCAUUCAGUACGCAUUUUGACGGCGCUCUGCGAUGGAGACUCCGUUGCUGCAAGCUUGGCCCCUCGAGAACAAUACCGGCAGAGCAUGAGUGGGUCACAAAGGAGAUGAGCUGGCCGCGCAACAUUUUUAUGAGAUUUAACGACAAGACUCUUGAAGCUCGCCGGCAACCCCACAACGGCAAAGACUUGGCGACCGAGUUGACUGAUCACGUCGUUUGCGGCUCCAACAAACUGUCGAUUGUGGUUCCUGUCUCCGGAGAAAAAAGUGACGAGCACAGCUACGUCAUCGCCGUCGAGGUGAUUGAGACGGUUGGCAAAAGGACCGCUGUCCGUCGCGCUUGGGAUAACGGUCUGCUACCAGAGGAACACACGCUGCAGAUCAUCAAGAAGCGGUUAACCCCAGUCUCCCACGACGAUGGGUUGAUCAUUGAGGCUCCAGAUCUGCCAAUCGACAUGGCUGACCCUUUCACGGCCAAGAUGUUCGCAGUUCCUGCAAGGGGUGCCUCGUGCACGCAUCUGGAGUGUUUUGACUUGCUGACUUGGCUCGAGACUCGCCCUUCUAAGCCGACAACCAAGUGCUUUCACAGCAUUACGCCGGGCUGUGGCUGCCCCAGUUCUAUCCAAUCCGAGCCAAGUAACCCUGACAAAUGGCGCUGUCCCAUCUGUCUUCAAGAUGCGAGACCCAACAGCCUACGUAUUGACGGGUUUCUUUGCGGUGUCCGUGAACAGUUGGCUCAGCAGAACAAACUACAGACCAAGUCGAUCCACGUCAAAGCGGAUGGGACGUGGACCGCCGUCGUGGAGAGUGACGACGACGACCUCAGUGAGACGGACACUCCUGCGGCCGUCCCUUCCGGCUCCUCUACUCGCAAGAGAAAAGCAUCAUCCACACCCACAACGGCACGUCGGCCAGAAGUGCGACGCGAAGUGGAAGUGAUCGAGAUUGACUGAUAUUCCAAAAGUUAAUCACCUUUCCAUUCUUAUCUUGUUUAUAGUCAUUUUACUUUCCAAGCAUUGCGGGCGUUUUGGGGGAGGUCAGCAAACUAUACCCGGAUUUCUAGUGUUUUUAUUCAACAAAAGUGGGGGACGAGAGGCACAAUGGCGCCCGCUAUUUGCUGAACUUCAUACCAGGUGUGUUACACCUGUGGUUUGGGUACUUGGCUGGUACGGAGGAGGAGGCGUGGAUGGAGUGAAGCAAAAACCAUACGAGUCAGCGAGAGAAAGGAGGAGGGGGGAAUAGCAUCGUUGAUUUUGCCCGUCAGCUGCGCACUCGUUGGGGAGGAACAACCGAUAGCAUAUUUGUUAGUUGGGAUGAACCCAGCAAGACAUCUGUCGAUCGAUCAAGCGAAAUGGCGGAUGAAUAUCUGCGCUGCAUACUACAUGAAAAAUGAUUGUAAAUGUGUGUCUGGAUAGUUGAGCUACCUAGCGGAUACCCCUAGCAAUUAAUUGAAAAACAUGAAUAAAACAAAUUGCUCUUGAAG